AUGAGGCACAAACUUCCACAAGGAGAAGAGCUGGUCAUUGAUGCACCUCAUUGCUACUGUGGGAGACUUGCUCGGAUGCAGACUUCUUGGACAAAGUCGAUCCCACUUUGGACGUUCUUUGUGUGUCCAAAGUCAAAGGUAGGUUUUGGACUUGCUAUUUUAUCGAAAUUUGGACAAUAA